AUGGCUCAGCAGCGAGGGCAGGCGAUGGGGGACUCUCUCAAGACGGCGCACUCCGUCAGCCUGAAGGUUCUGCGAUUGUCUCGUCCAUCCCUUGCGGUGCAACACCCUCUCCCAAACUCCAAAGAUCUAGGCAUAUCGCCCAAAGCCUCGCUCGCCUAUCCCACGCCGAAUGAGACGAAGGAUCAGUUUGUCCUGAGUCCUGUACUGAAUCUUCCCGAAGCGUUUGGGAGUGCCUACGUGGGCGAGACCUUUUCCUGUACACUAUGCGCGAACAACGAGCUCGAUCCAGCCGACAACACAAAAGCGAUUAGUGGUGUGCGGAUACAGGGCGAUAUGCAGACACCCUCGAACCCUACAGGUUCACCCCUAGAUCUGUCUGGCUUGCAAGAAGAAGCAGAAAACGCUUGUCCGGGACCAGCCGAAUCGUUACAAUGUAUCUUGAGAUUCGAACUCAAAGAAGAGGGCAACCAUGUCUUGGCCGUUACUGUCACGUAUACGGAGACCGCACUAGGAGAAGGGAGGGCAGCAUCUGGGAGGGUUCGAACUUUCCGCAAACUGUAUCAAUUUGUGGCGCAACAGUUACUGAGCGUCCGCACAAAGGCUGGGGAGAUGGGCCCAAAGAACAGAUCUUCGCGAUACCUCCUGGAGGCGCAAUUGGAGAAUAUGGGAGAAGCUGCAGUCUGUUUAGAGACAACGAGUCAGGCCGUGUGGCUUUGGCUUGAGGAUUUCGGCUCCAUCACUAGCUCGAUCGCAGAGUCCGAUCCGGCAGUGGUGUAG